AUGUUCAUUAAAGGCGUUCUCCAGUUCUGGCACUCUGCUACGGAAGCCACAGAUCCUUGCGAAACAACAGUGUGUGGACGAGGUCGCGAAUGUGAGGUGAACCAAUUGGGAGAAGCAGUGUGCAUCUGCCAAAGAGCCUGUAAGAAGCGAAAGAAGCCGGUGUGCGGGUCCGAUGGACAUUAUUACGUCAACCAUUGUGAACUCCAUCGAUCUGCCUGCUUGACAGGCAAGAAUAUUGUGAUCGAUCACAAAGACACUUGCUUAAAGAAAAAACGCUAUGAUAAAAUUUCGAAAACAACAAAACCAGCUUUUUAUUAUGAGAAGAAAGUGGAUGGUCCUUUGCCGUCGUGGAAGAACCUGCCCCCUUUCGAACCGAAAAGCGUUACACCGGAUCCGAAUGCAGACUCUACUCAAAGGGAGUGCUCUCACGAGGAGUACGACUUCAUGAAGGAGAACCUCUUGCUAUAUAAUAAUGCUAAGCUGAUGGACAGCAAGAAAUCAGGCAACGAGUACUUGGUGAGCAUCAUGUUUUCUCAUUAUGAUCAGAAUAACAAUGGUCAGCUGGAAGCGGAAGAGCUAUGGCAAGCUGCCGAACGGGAUCACUUAGGUCAACUUUCUACUUCCUGCAUUUUAGCAGACAUGUUGCUGUUUGAUGAUGUGGAUAAAGAUGGAAAACUGAACAUAAACGAGUUUUACUUGGCUUUUAGUGUAUCCGUCGUAUCCUUAGACAAGGCUCUGGAAGUCAAUCACGUUACAGCACGAGUAGGAGAUAAUGUAGAAGUUAAAUGCGAUGUGACUGGAACACCUCCUCCACCUAUUAUUUGGAGAAGAAAUGAUAUGGACCUCUCUGUGCUCAAUGACGAGGAAAUAAAGGUUUCCCAAGUAUUUGUGGAUGGAUCCUUAUAUUUGACGAAUGUACAACUGGUGCACGCAGGAAAUUAUACAUGCCACGCUCAAAGGAAUAAAGACAUUACACAGACACAUGUGUUACAUGUUCAAACACUUCCGGAAGUCCACGUUGUCCCUAAGCUUCAAUCAAGGGCUCCGGGAGAAUUAGCGGAGAUGGAAUGCCAUGUCAUUGGGGUUCCGCAACCAAGAGUGUACUGGCUCAAAAACGAUGAAGAACUGAAAAUGGGAUCAGGAAAAUACACAAUUAUUGGUAACAGCACUGCAUUAGUUGUUGGGAAGAUAACAUACAGUGACACCGGAGCCUACAUGUGUGUAGCUACUAAUCCCGCUGGAACAACAAGGGAUAUCAGUUCGUUGGUUGUUCAGGAUCAACCAUCAAGAAGCAUUCCUCACCUCGAACAUCGUUUCUUCGCUUUCCACGAUUGGGGCAUCUCGGUAUACGAGCCUGACAACUGCCGGCUGUACCAUCAGAUCCAAAGCACUGAUGUUAUCCCUGGAACGCAAGAGUAUGUAUGUGGGGAUAGAGGUUUAAACUGCUCGUGGGGAGCGGCCAUAAAUGUAGCUGACCGCUAUGUCUACGCCUCUCAGCCCAAUAAAGAUCGGAUCCUUAUCAUUUCAAGAGUGCAGAUGGUCGUGGUAGAUGUGGUCGUAACGGACAAGUUCCCAGUAGAACUGCAUUAUGUUCCGAAUUUGGACCAAGUAUGGGUGCUGUGCUGGAGAAGUGUGCAAGACAAAGGGACAAAAACCAUCCAAAUUAUACGGGACGCCAGCCAAAAGAAGAAGCACCACACUGUGCAUCCGGAGCCUGUAGAUGGACACUUUGAUCUUGUCAGUGGAUUAUUCCUUCCUUCCACACAGGAUCUAGGCCAUGGUUGGAAAUACGGUUACGUUGUGCAUACUAACCAAAGAGGAAUGUAUAAACUUGAUUUACAAGGAAUGAAAUAUCUCAAGACGGUGGAUCUGACGCCUUAUAACUGCGCACCUAUAUCAGCAGAUUUUGCAUCGUUUGGAGGAAUGGUAAUCCUAGAAUGCUUAGAGCCUGUAACAGGAAGACCCACAGGACAAAUCGUCCUGGACUACUUGACUGAUACCGUCUUGAUCCACAGUACAACCUUAUUUGGCAAACCUCGUGUAUCCCCUGACUCCAGGAGAGUAGUGACUUUGAAAGCUAAUGACCACAGUGUCGUCAUUGUGGCUCAAGAAAUCACUGAAGAUGGAUUGCGUUUCUUGUUCGACGUCAAAACAACUCUCCAAAUAAGUGACGUAGCAUUCUUUCCUUCCCGAACCACCCAUAGCUAUGACCUCUAUGCCACAUCCUCCACCAAAGAGGAUAUUCUCUUUGUAGACCUCUCUGAUGGCAAAGUGGAAAUGAUAACAGGCAUUGGACGGCCCGCGGACCCGCGACUGGCCACAUGGGGCAACAGCAACAGGCCGAUUUUUAGCGCAGGAGUUUUUGGAACAUACAUGGCUACUACAGCUGAAGAAGCAAUUUUCAUUGUCAAUGGUAAAACCAGGACUGUGAACUGUGAGAUUGGGUCUAUCAUCCAUCCAAGAAUGAUGGUAUGGGUCAGAGCACCAUGAAGUGAAUACUGUAGGAAAACGUUUUCCUUCGGUUAAUUUGUACGAGUUAAUUUUGUGAACAAAGCAGACGUUUCACUUUGACUAGAGUUACACUUAGCAGAUGUUAUUCUAGUAAAGUUUCUGGCAGUUAGAAUUUCUUAAAUUAUUAUUCAGAAUUUUAGAACAAACACUGCAAAAAGCAAAUGGAAUUAUAAAAUUUUGGAACGAUUUUAAAUAUUGUGUAGAUUUGAAAUAUUGUGUAUAUACUUAACAUAAGUAUUUAUGUUAAGUAUUCCUUACAUUAACGGUAACAUAAGGAAUCACAAAUUAAAAGUUAGAGUUCCCAGAAUUGUUCUUGAUUAUCAUAGACGAAACGCAAUAUUGAGAUUUAUAAUUUUCAAAUGAAGUAAAUAAAUAAACAAGUUACUUGAAAUAAAAACAUUUCCUUUGUAAAAUAUAAAAUAUUUUCAUUCUAAUUAUAAAGAAUGUAUCAUUAGAAAAUCCAAAGAAAAUAUUUAAUAAGAGUUAAUUGCAAUUUUCAUAAAGACUUGAUUAUAAUUUCGGAAAAACUGCUUGACAAACAAUUUUUGAUUAAGGAUUAUAAAAUAUAUGUAAGUGUUGAUUAUUGACAUAAUAUGUUGUUAUGAUACAUUAAUUUAAUAAAUAUCAUCCUUUAAUGUAUUCUAAAGUAACUGUCAAAAUUCUUUAAAUUUAACUAACUCUGAAAAUUCUGUAAAUUAAAUUUAAUAGUCAAAUUAAUUACACACGAUAAAAUAUAUAAGUCUAAUUUAUAUUUUAUAAAAUUAUGAAAAUUUAUAUAUGCUUUGAGUUUGUUUAUUCAGAAAUACGAAUGAAUAUGCAAAUAGAUUUAUUGCAUUUUAAAUAGUAUUGGUUUCAAUACAGUUCGUAAGAAAAAUUUGAUUCAAUUUAAUAAUAAUUAUACAAAAGUGAACAAUACUAUAAAUAUCAAUAUUGCUUAUGUUACUAUAAAAACAUACUACUACAUAACAUACUAUUUACAUAAAAAGUAAAUAAAUGCGUUUGUUAAAAUGUUCUUUUCUUAUCUAUAUCAUGCGAAUACUCAGAAAGUGAAUACUACCAAAUUAAUUAUUUGGAUUUUUAUAAUGCGUAUACUUCUGAUUCGUCUAAUACAAAAUCACACACAAAAAAAAAAAA